AUGAUCAUCCCAACAGGCUGUCAGGUUAAAAACAGGAUGAAAGGUUCAGAGUUCACUGCAAAGAGCAUGUCUAAACGAUCAGAGUCAUCUGAUAGGUCAACAGGGGCACUCUUUGGGGUGCUCCUGGACCAGAAAUCUCCUGGAGAUGCCUAUGAAGAUAUUUUAGAGCAGCUGGAAGGGCACCCCUUGAAAGAAGAAGGGCGUGGAUUGGCAAAUGAUUUCUUGGAAGUUACAGAUGAGGCUAAAAAUUCCACAAAAGACAGAUGUGAAGAAUAUAUGGAAGCGGAGGUACAUCCAAAUCUGUCCUCCAGUCCUGUUCAACAUCAGGGAGUUCCAAAGGGACCGAAAUUCUAUCAGUGUGCUGAAUGUGGAAAACUGUUCUGUUGGAGUUCACACCUCCUUGGCCACCAGAGCAUCCACACUGGAGAGCAGCCCUACGAGUGUAAUGAGUGUGGCAAGAGCUUCAGGCAGACCUCUCAGCUCAUUGUUCAUCUCAGGACCCACACAGGAAAACCCUAUGGGUGCAGUGAGUGUGGGAAGACCUUUCAGCAUAGCUCCCACCUUAUCCAGCACCAGGGGCUCCAUAAUGGGGAGAGACGCUAUAAAUGUAAUGAAUGUGCAAAAGCUUUUAAUCAGAGUUCCAAACUCUGGUGGUAAACUUUUACCACCAGAGAACUCAUACUGGGGAGAAACCUUAUGAAUGCAAGUGUGGGGCAGCCUUUAGUCAGAGUAAAAAUCUUGUAUGACAUAAGGUCCUUCACACUAGGAAGAAACCUUACAAGUGUGAUGAGUUUGUAGAAAAGCUUUCUGUUCCAAAAACAGUGUUAUUGACCAUCAGAGAAUCCACACUGGGGAGAAGCCUUAUGAAUGUAAUGAAGGUAGCAAGGCCUUCAGUCAGAGUAAGUGUCUCAUUUGACACCAGAGCUGCCACACUGGGGAGAAACCAUGCAAAUGUAACAAAUGUGGGAAAGCCUUCAUUUAGAUCUGUUGGCCUUGUUGACCCUAAGUGAAUUCAUACUGGAGAAAAACCAUUUACAUGUAGUCAGUGUGGUAAGGCAUUUGGUCUGAGUAAAUGCCUUGUUUGGCACCAGAGACUUCCCAUGGCUGAAAAGCCUUACAAAUGUAAUGAGUGUGGAAAAUCCUUCAAUCAAAAUUCAUACCUCUUUAUACACCAGUGAAUUCACACUGGUGAGAAACCCUAUGAAUGUAGUGAAUGUGGGAAGGUCUUCAGUGACAGCUCUAGCCUUAUGGUACAUCAGAGGACACAUACUGGGGAAAAACCCUAUCAAUGCAAGGAUUGUGGGAAAGCAUUCAGUGACAGCUCACAGCUUAUUGUGCACCAGAGAGUUCACACUGGAGAGAAACCUUACGAAUGUAUUGAGUGUGGGAAAGCCUUUAGUCAGCGUUCCACUUUUAACCACCACCAACGAACUCACACUGGAGAGAAGCCUUCAGGUCUGCCUUGGUCAGUAUCUUAAGGUGUUGUUCUUGGGGAUAGUGAGCAAGGGUGAGGCUACCUUCAUCAAAAGUUUGUUCACUGCUAUAUUCUCUUGGAAGAUAAGGACCACCCCCUCGUGUUUUCUCUUGGGCUACUAAGGUGGGAGAGUAAUGCAGUUUUUCCUCACUAGUGGGCAAGUAUGGACUAAGCACUUCAUUUACAUGUGGAUUGGCCUCUUUCUUCCUUUCUCUAAGUAUUUUAAAAUGUCAUUUGUUAGCAUUUACCCUGUCAUGAAUUGUGUUUCUAAGGAAGAAUGAGUAUAUCUUUAUUCUAUUGCAGAUACUCACUUUCAUUAUUUAUGCAAAGUCAUUUUACAGUCCCCUUCUACAAUAUUUAUAUAAAGUCAUUUGUAAAUCAAAGGAUAAGACAAGGCCAAGGCCAGGGACACUUGGCUCCAACCUCAAUUAGCUAGAUAAAGAUUGUAGUGGCAGACAUCUCACUCCUGCAGUGAAGGCCUUCCAGGAGACAGUAUAGUUCUCCUAAAUUAACAUAAUGUAUUACUUGGAGAGUCCUUAAGGGGUUCUCAAGACCUACCCAGAUUCCUGCAUUUUCUUCAGUAUUCCCCUCCUUUGUUUGACAACAUAAUAAAUAUGGGCUGCCU